AUGGAAGAAGUUGGACAAAACCCAUUGAAUGAUGUGUGCAAGAUGAUGGAAAUACCAAAUUUGGAAGUCACAAAACAGAAUCUUGACUACCUGAACUCAGAUCUUGAACAGGACCUGCAGAAACUGGAUGAGGCAAAUCAGAUUCUUCUUAGAAAAAUCCAAGAGAAAGAAGAAACUAUUCAAAGUCUGGAAACAGAGAUCACCCUGUCACUGGGGCGAGUCAAAGAGAAGGAGGAGUUGAACCACAUCACACUAGAGAGGGAGGAAGCCUUGAAGGACCUGGAGCUGGAGUCAGGACAGCUGGAAAAAAGGAAUAAGCUCCUUAGCAGGAAUGUAGCAGAGCUUCAGGAGGAGAUUUCGAACAGGUUUCAGAAUGCUGGCCUUGAUCAAGGAAUCCUAAAGCAAAUGUUGGCAGAAUUGAAGGUAAAAGUACAGAUGACAACGGAGUCCUGUGCAAAUCAAGAAAAGGAAAUGGCCAAGGUAGAGAGUGACUACCAGUCUGUGUAUCAGCUCUGUGAGGAUCAGGCCCACUACAUAAAGAAAUACCAGGAAAUUCUGAGGAAGAUGGAAAAGGAAAAAGAGGUGCUGCUUCUUGAAAAAGAAAUAUCCAAAGUCCAGAAUAACUCCUCCCAAAUUGUGAAGCCUGGAUCAAUUCUGGUGGAGACCAUUCAAAGUGACAUGGAGAGGACCAUCAUGAAGAAACAAAAGAGAGUCUUUUGGUACAGGCAUUUCCGGUGUCUUGUCUUCAUGGCCAUGAUCUUCAUUAGGCUGCUGGGUUACGUGUUUUUCCAUCUGCAGUACAUAAACCCGGACCUCCUUGUGGAUGCCCUGCCCAUGGUAAUGAGCAGGGACACCUUAACGAGGCUGAGGGACGUCUUAUUUCCCUCCCUCACUCUAGAGGUGGAAGAAGUUCUACCACACUAG